GGAAGCGGCUGAGAGGCACCGGGGGGGGGGGGGGCAGCGGGACCAUGGCUGAGACCGGCACCGGGACCGGGAUCGGGAUCGAUACCGGGAUCGAUACCGGGAGCAUCCACACGCAGCACAUCGCGGCCGUGCACAACGUGCCCAUGGGGGUCCUGAUCCGCCCCCUCCCCUCCGUGCUGGACCCCGGCAAGGUGCGGAGCCUGGUGGAGACCCUGCAGGAGGAUCCCGAGCGGGUGCCCCCCAUCGAUGUGCUGUGGGUGAAGGGCAGCCAGGGGGGGGAUUAUUUUUACUCCUUCGGGGGGUGCCACCGCUACGCCGCCCACCGGGAGCUCAACCGGGACACCAUCCCCGCCAAGAUCAUCCCGACAACGCUCAGCGACCUCCGCACCUACCUGGGUUCCUCCACGCCGCAGCUGCUCUAACGGGACCCCCCCCA